GAGUUUUUCAGUAGGUUUCACAUACAACUUGAGUGAAGUGUCUAUUGAUUUAGUUCAGAUAUUAGCAAGCAAACAGAUAUGGGUUCUCUUAUGGCAGGUUGGGAUUCUCCUGUUUCUGAUCCCCAAGCUAUGAAAUAUCGAAAAAGUAAGUCAUUAACAAAGGAAGAGAUCGAAGCAUAUUGGAGAUCCAAGAAACAGAUAGAAGAAGAGCAUCAGAGAUAUAUUUCUAUGCUAUCUCCUCAAAGCCAAAAACAGGCAAAUAUUGUAUUUGAGGAGGCAGCUAAAACGGAGCACGAAAGAUCAAAUACAGGGGAGUUUUUUGAUCUGGGAAGUGAGGAUAGUUUGGAUAAACUAAUCAAGAAAAAUGGAUGGUGGAUAAGUAGCAACUGGGCACAUUUGAAUGAGCCACCAACGAGGGCACCUGAAGGUGCAGCUUACAAAUACGUGUCACAAUUCCACGUUGCCAACAUGGCUGCUGGAUCUAACACUAAACCGGCCCAAACCGGAAUCAACGCUUGAUCGUUUGGAUUUAGACAGCUACUUUCGUUCUUUUUUUUUUUCUUUUAAAUUGACGUAGUUUCUGAUGACAAGCUACUUUAAUUUUGCUAAUAGCUUGUGCAAGUUUGUGUCUAUGUUUAUAGUUAUCUCGAGUUGGUUUUGAGGUGUUGGAGCUUGUAAUUUUGAUACAUACUACUUUCCAGUCGCUGUAACAUAUUUUCUCGUGCUAUAUACAAUUUCAGCAUUGAUAUUUUUUA